GGACAAUCGGUCGCAUGGCAAUGAGCAUUGUUCACUUUCCACAACAGGAUUCGAUCAUCCUCUGUUGUCCUCUUUUUUUAUAUGGACCUUGGCACAAAUGGCGCACAUAAAGGACUUUCGUCUUGUUGUUUGCUGUUUCAGUUUUUCUGUCUUGACCUUUACUUCCUGACCCUCGUCGCUGCGCGCGUUCAACUUUUGGGCUUGACGCCUCAUUCUAUUUCUGACACUUCAAAACAUUCGAACUUGACCAACCACGAUGUUCUCAAGCUUAUUUUUGGCCUUGGGUGCAGUGUCACUGGCGCAGGCCGCCCAGUUUAACGUUACUGUUGGUGGAGGACCAUUAAGAUAUGAUCCGCAGUUUGUUAAUGCAAAUCCUGGAGAUACCAUCAUUUUCACUUUUAAACAAUCCAACCAUACGGCUACCCAAUCUACUUUAGCCCAGCCAUGUGUGAAGGCGCCCAAUGGAUUUGACUCUGGCUACAUGCCAGUAUCAGCCAGUAAUACCGACGGCCCGUUCCCUGCAGCGCAGUAUACGGUGCAGGAUACGAACCCAGUUUGGGUGUACUGCAAACAAGCCAAUCACUGCCAACAGGGCAUGGUCUUUGCCAUCAAUCCGGGCACUCAGUUUGCUGCAUUUCAAGCAGCGGCCAUGGGCAAUACCACGGCUUCCUCGUCCUCGUCCGUUUCAACGACUGCAACUGCUCCCACUGGGGUUGUCACUGCAACCGCGACUAUCACUGGUGGCGGGCAAACUGUGACUACAACCUACGGUUCGUUCCCUGGCAGCGCAGCACCAACAAGCGGAACAAGCGCAGAUCAUGUAGUUAUCGUUGGCGGCUCGACCCUGACGUAUACGCCGUCGAAUAUUACUGCACAAAUUGGAGAUACGGUAACGUUCCAAUUCAUGCAAAAGAAUCACACGGCCACGCAGAGCACGUUUGCGGAUCCGUGCCGCGCGCUUACUCUGACGUCUACCAGUGGACAAGUUGGGUUUGAUUCUGGAUUCAUGGCUGUUGCAUCUAAUGCGACGACAUUCCCGACGUAUACGGUCCAGAUCAAUGAUACUGCACCGGUCUGGGUAUAUUGUAAACAGUCUGGACACUGUGGGCAAGGCAUGGUGUUCUCUGUGAACGCAGUGGAGUCCGGAGCCAACAACUUUGCUGCAUUCAAGGCGCUAGCAAUCCAGCUCAACGGGACCACAUCCUCGACCACGAGUACGGGAGCACAAGCUACACAGACGCAGUCGAGUGGUGUGGUAAAGAUGAAUGAUCGUGGGACAAACGUCUUGGUUGGCCUUGUGGGUGUGGUAGCUGGCAUGUUCCUGGUAUGAGGCCGUCACUAUGAAAUGUAUCUUAUCACAAAUCUUUCAAUUUUGGUGUAUUGUUUGGGCUGCUCAUUCCUUAUAGCAUGUAGCACUAUGUAUCCCUGCUGAUAAUGGGUAGUUGAACUGUAUAUUGUACUAUUCAUGAUGUAGAUGUGGAGCGAGCUAAAAUUUAAGUCGAUCUAAGGAAUAGUCUCCG